AUGCUUCAAUACACCAGGCCCUUGGAUAUGAGGUAUGAUGCGAAACAGCAGAGUUUUAAAAUCUCUGAGCCUUCUCAUAAAGUGCCCAUCUGUUGCAUGUUCCUGUGCCAGUUCGACGUGAAGAAAGGAAACGUGCUGGUAUGGUCAAAAACCUCGCCAAAUGUUCCGGAAAUACCACUAGAGAAUUUGGAGUUCAAAACCAUUCCGUCUGGCGUCCACGAGGUUCAAAAGGACACCAUCAGUUUUGUCAUCCCCAAAGGGGGCAAGCUUGAAGAAGUAUAUUAUGGAAUGUCGUGCUUUGAGCAGAAUGGACUGUCUCUGACGGAAAACUCCGAGCACUUAGACCGCAGCGAACUGCAAAUGUACUCCCUUGGGGUGAUUGUAGACGCAAAUUUUAGGUACAAAGGUGUUUCUAAAUCAAAAUUCUAUGAUUGGAAACCGAACCAGUUUAUCAGUGCCACAGAGUAUAUAGAUGACAUUCGAGACCUUUUGUCGCACUGGCUUCGCAGAAAUGUAUCGUCCUCCGUGUCAAAUGGACAAGUGGGCUCUGCUGUAAGGGAUUUCGAGCUUUUCGAAACCUACUUCGAUUCGAACUGUAUCAAGGCCGAUACAGCAACUCUCUCUUCUCCAAUGUUGAGACGUAGCUGGCAGCACUCGGGUACCUUUACCGGAACGCCGAGCACGUUAAGUGAAAAACAGCCGCACAUGCUUGAGUCCCUGACUCAAUGGUUCAGCUUUUUAGGACCACUUUUUCUACCCUUGUGGAAAGCUUCUCUGCUACGGCAGAGGAUACUAAUCAUCGUUGAUAAUGGGGUGUCAUUCGAGAAGUGUAACUCCUUGGCAUACUGUUUGUCAAUAUUAUCGUUAAUUCCCCACUCGAUAUCCGAUCGUCUCCAUCAAGAUCCUUUGCAGCCUAUCUACACCAUUGGAAUGACGGACAUUGACUUACUUACUCAACAUGUUUCGGAAGCAUUGUCAAAAGGAAAGGAUGACUACCAGAUUCCCGGCUUUGUGGCCUGCACUGCAGACGAAAUUUUGGAAGACCGCGAGGAGCUUUACGACAUAUGCUUGAAGGUUAACAAUCGAGACUCGUUGCCUGAAAUUAAAAUGUCUGACGGAAAAUCUAUCAAAGCUACCCCUCACGAACUGGAACUUUACGAAAAGUUAGUCGUUACGAUCUUGGGAUAUGAACUAUCACACGAUGAGAAAGAAAAAAUUGCCAAACUGGUCGAACCUACGACUUGGUCCCAGUAUUUUAUUGAUGGUUUUUAUUGGUGGGCGACUGCUGGAUAUAUGAGACCUUCUUUCCACGAAUCUGAGGAGGAAUCGGCUCCCGACCUGGAUCGGGACAACUUAGAUGUCGUUCUGUCACUGGUUGGCUAUUUCCAUGAGAGAAUAGCGUCUCUAUACGAUGCCUUGAAAGAAGAAGUAGAGACCAGCGAAGACCAAACCGUCACAUUGUCACCGAUAUUUCUCUCUGCGAAUUCUCUCGAUUGUUUUAGCUUAAGGGACUACGAGUUUCUUGAAACUGUGUGCCGCUAUUGGUUCGAUAGACCAUUGAAAGUUAAAAGCAUAGACUGUCGAAUUAUAUGUUGA